AUGUCAGACGAAAAUACUGAUAAUGAUGAUGAUAUUGAUGCAUCCAGUGAUGAUAAUUAUGUUCCUAAAGUAGAUGAAAGUGAUGACGAUGAUGUGGUACCAGAUAUCGUGUCAAUGACAAUUUUAAGUGCUUCCAGUGGAGUACCUAUUGACUUUGAAGUACUCAAAUUCGAUGUUGAUUCGAACAAUGACUUUAUAAUAAGUGAGCAUGAUAUAGACAGUGAAAUCGAAACAAAUGAUGAAGAAGAACCUCAAACUGAAGAAGGACUUGAAUAG